AUGCGAAGGGCUCUGGCCGCUUCUCCCGCCCUCCGAUCGUUCGCCACUCUCCCCGACGCCAGCGAAGCUCCCAAGACCUCCCGACCCCGAACAUACUUCAAGGAUAAGACUGUUGCGCCCUUCUCCGACUUUGUUGCGACGUCGUCUCCCGCGCAGGCUCUGUCGCCCAGCGAUGCGUACGCUCUCAAGACGGCCGAAGUCGGCCCUGCAGGCAAGAAGAGAACCAUUACACGACUGCCCGAGUGGCUCAAGACGUCCAUCCCCGCGGGCAACGACAACUACAAGAAGAUCAAGAGCGAUCUGCGCGGCCUAGGUCUGCACACCGUCUGCGAGGAGGCGCGAUGUCCCAACAUCUCCGAAUGCUGGGGCGGCUCCGACAAGAACGCCGCGACGGCCACCAUCAUGCUCAUGGGCGACACAUGCACUCGCGGCUGCCGGUUCUGCAGCGUCAAGACGAGCCGUGCUCCUCCUCCUCUGGAUCCCCACGAGCCGGAGCACACUGCAGAGGCCCUCGCACGAUGGGGUCUUGGAUAUGUCGUGUUGACGAGCGUGGACCGUGACGACCUCCUCGAUGGAGGCGCCCGACACUUUGCGGAGACAAUUCGCAAGAUUAAGCAGAAGAAGCCUACAUUGCUCGUCGAGGCACUGACGGGAGAUUUCGGCGGCGACUUGGACAUGGUUAAGAUUGUGGCGGAGAGCGGGUUGGAUGUGUAUGCACACAAUGUCGAGACUGUGGAGGGCCUGACGCCGUAUGUGCGCGAUCGCAGAGCCACGUUCCGCCAGAGCUUGAAGGUGUUGAAUCACGUCAAGGAAGUGAGGGGCAACGAGGGCAUCAUCACCAAGACUAGCAUUAUGCUUGGUCUGGGAGAGCAAGAGCACGAGGUCAUGGAUGCUCUCAGAGAACUACGAAAGGCCAAUGUUGACGUCGUUACUUUUGGACAAUACAUGCGUCCCACCAAACGACACCUCAAGGUCGAAAAGUACGUCACCCCAGAUGAGUUCGAGAUGUGGCGCCAGCGUGCUCUCGACAUGGGCUUCCUCUACUGUGCAAGUGGACCUCUUGUUCGGUCAUCCUACAAGGCCGGCGAGGCGUUCAUUGAGAACGUUCUCCGAAAGAGAGCUGGUGACAAGGCUGCCGCUAUUGCGGGUGAGGGUCUUGGCAAGGCGGUGGCACUUGAUGCUACGAAGACGCAGUAA